CCACGAUCUGCGAUUGGCCGGCAAAAUUAUCGUUUCCAGUUCCCUUUUACUGUUGAAAAUUCAACAUGGCGGCGGAAUCGUUGUUGUUCUUUUGUGUACUCCAGUUAUAUUUAGCCGGGUUUUUUUCGUUAUCACAUGAUCUGAUCCAUGAAUAUGACGAGAUGAUACGACAUAUUCCACUAGAACCAUCGCAUAUCUUAAAAAGACGCUCUGUGGACCAGCCACUGCGAAUUUCGCUGGACUUUCUCAACAUCAGCAAUUUAGAAAAUCCCAGCAUGGUGAAAGAUAUUUUACAACAAGCGCAAAGCUAUUUUAGUAGAACGUUGAAAGUUCGAAAGACAACGACGAAUAUUCGUCUUCAAAGGAGUUGUCCUAACCAGCUUUUUUUCUCUAAAAACGCCGAUGGAAGUGGACCAGGGAGGGUCAGAUUUUGUCAAGAAUCAUGCAAUUCUUCUCGAAUAUUAUGCGGACCAAUUGAAAUUCCAGAACACGAUUUGGAUCAGUGUAGGGUUUGUGACAAGAAUGGCCAGAACUGUCGCAACGACACAAGACCUGAAUUCACUGCUGGAGAAGGACACAAGGACGCAGAUUUUAUUCUUUAUGUUACAGCAGUUACUCAUGGGAACUGUGGAAAAAGCUCAACGACUUUAGCGUAUGGUGCGGCUUGUCAACAAGAAAGUGGACUGGAUAGACCUGUAGCAGGAUUUAUCAACAUAUGCCCCAAAAGGGUGACUGCAAGUGAACUGAGAAGCAGCUACAGUGAGGUUUUGGCAACUGUCAAGCAUGAAAUAUUCCAUGCUCUUGGAUUUGCACCAUCAUUGUAUGCAUUUUUCCGCAAUCAAAGUGGUGAGCCGCUGACUGCUCGUCGCUCUAAUGGACUUCCAAAAGAGUACGAUGAUGUCCUAAAACACUACAAGUGGAGUGAACAGACUGUCAGGAUGGUAACGAGAAACGAUUGGUUAACAAGGUCUGGUACAAUGCAACACAAUGUUUAUAUGAUGGUCACACCGAGGGUGAAAGAAGAAGCACAGAGGCAUUUUAAUUGCUCAACUUUAGAAGGAGCUGAGCUUGAAAACCAAGGAGGUGAAGGUACAGCAUUAGCCCAUUGGGAAAAGCGCUUGUUUGAAAACGAAGCCAUGACGGGUGUUUUUACACAGAAUACCGUGUUUAGUCGAGUGACUCUGGCGUUAAUGGAAGAUACCGGCUGGUACCUUGUCAACUAUGAAAUGGCCGAUCCUUUACGCUGGGGAAGGAACUUGGGUUGUUUGUUUACUAAAAACAGCUGCGCUGCUUGGAUGAAAGCUCAGAAAACUGCUGGAAAGUCCAUAGCUCCAUUCUGUUCUAAAAUCAAGAAACAGAGUGACCCACGGACUGGAUGCUCCCUCGACAGAACAUCUGUUGCCUCAUGUAACUUGGUAGAAUAUGAACAAAAUCUUCCUACUGAAUUUCAGAAUUUUUUGCCCGGUUUUAUUCCGGGAAUUUCCGAAUCAGAAGACAGAUAUGGUGGGGCGGUACUUUUAGCUGAUUAUUGUCCAUUUUACCAAAGUUUUACAUGGACACAGAAAGGAGAAGAGGUCAGAACAUCUUCUUGUAUAUCACAACACAACGCUUUACCGUAUGACCUGAAUUAUGCAUUGGAAUUCUACGGCAUUAAAUCACGGUGCUUUGAACAACGAACAAAGUGGAUGAAAGAGAAAUGUGGUACACGGUACACGGCUGUGAAUCAUGGAAGCGGAUGCUAUAAAUUUCAUUGUGAAUCUGAUGCACUGAGGGUCGAAAUCGCUGGUGGCUUUAAAUAUCCAUGUUUCCAUGAAGGCCAGGUUUUGGAUAUUUCUGUGCAAGUCGACAGUUGGAGCUUUCAAGGAACCCUUGUUUGUCCAUCAUGCGAAGAAGUUUGUUCUGACAGUGGAUUUAUUUGCCCGGCAGAAAUAAAGCCUGCUCCAAAGAAUUCACAACCAGUAUCCAAAACAUCACCAGUGACUUGUUCUGAAUGUUCCAUAAUAAUACGACAGGUCUUACAUACCCAGUUGCUUUUAAUGAUUGUGUACACGGUUUUUAGGUAUGUUCUUGAAGCUUAGUUUUUUUUUCUUGGAUUUUUUUGGAUUUGCUCCAUUUUAGAGAAAAACAUUUCCACUCUGACGGCUUUCAUUUUUCAAAUUUUGAGUUGUAACUGUUGUUAACCGUGAAACCGUUGGCUUUAUACCAGUGAUUCAAUUUACUUUCCGUCAUCAACAAGUCAUUCCUCUAAUCCUGUAAUGUGAUUGGCCACUUUUAUUUACUGCACAAACUAAUCACACUGGCCAGUCAGAUAAAAGGACGAUGUAGUAAGGAGCCAAUCAGAACCCACGAUAAAAAUAAGCAAACCGCCAGAAGCGCGGGAAAACACCAGCGACCAAGUUACGAUUGGUUGUAGUUUUACAUUCACAGGAACUAUUCUAGAAGGUUGCGUCACUUUUAAACUCCAAUCACAGAGCAAACUAGAAAAAACACCUUUGCAAGUUCCACUGAGUGACACUACAAUAGUCGCACCGUAAGAGUCUGAAAGAGAUAGGGAAAAAACAGUUUUCCGAUAGUUACAGGCCACAACGACGUACGCGCGUAGAAAUUAAUUACAUGUACCAUUCACUUAUGCCAGUAGCUUUUUUUGUACUGUUAAAGUGUAUCUCAGCUUAAUAUAGUAUAGGAGUAAUUUAUUCCUCAAAAA